AUGUUAGCUUGUUUGAACAGCGAGUCAGAGCGACAGUUUGACGGAGAGCAGACCGUGUUUCCGAUGGAGAAUAAGACAAAUGUGCAGCAGCUGUUUGUGAUCAAAGAGGAGUUUCAGCCUGAGCAGCAGAACUGGUGUCCCAGUCUGGACCAGGAGGACCAAAAGCCUCCAGGAUUUAAACCGGGAAAAAUGGAGAGCGACAUCUCAGAGGUCACCUUCAGUCCAGACCUUGUGAACUUUGAAGAAGAUGAAGAUCCAGAUCUGUAUUCAGAUUCUAAAGAUCAAAGUUCUGAUUUUUCAGAAAUCGAAGUCAGUGACGGAAACUGGGAGGACAUCAGUGAAUCUCAGUCGGCCUUAAAUCCAGUGAGAAAUGAUAAAAUUCCUGUAGGUGAUACAGGAUCUGCGAGCGAAAAGAUUUACAGCUGCACUGAAUGUGGUAAAGCAUUCAAUCGCAAGUCUUGUCUGAUAAGACACGAAAGAAUCCACACUGGUGAAAAACCUUUUAGCUGCUCGGUUUGUAAAGCAGCUUUUGCAUUUAACUAUCUCCUGGUGCAACACACAAGAACCCACAGUGGAGAGAAACCUUUCAACUGCUCUAUUUGUGGUCAGAAGUUCAGUAGGAAGGACUGUUUAAACUCUCACAUGAGAUGCCACACUCAAGAAAAUUCAUACAGCUGCUUUUUUUGCAACAAAGCUUUUCCGUGGAAAGAAAAGUUAGAGGAACACACAAGAACUCACACUGGAGAGAGACCUUACAGCUGCUCAAUAUGUGGCAAAAACUUCAGCCGCAAAUAUAUUCUGACUUGCCACAUGAAACGUCACACUGUAGAGAAACCUUUCAGAUGUUCCAUCUGUCAGGCAGCUUUCAAGUGGAAGCAGAAUCUUGUGCGUCACACAAGAACCCACGCAGGAGAAAAAUUUUUCAGCUGCUCAGUUUGUAAGGCAGCGUUUGGAAGAAAACAGGACUUUGCGGAACACGCACAAAUCCAUGCAGAUGUGCAGCAGCUGAUGACGACAACAGAGGAAUUUCCUCCUGAACAGCAGAACUGGAGGCCCAGACUGGACCAGGAGCCCCCCCAAAAAACAGACUUGAAACAAGAAAAAGAGACGACUGAUAUCUCAACGUCCAGUUCUGUUCCUGAGAAGAGCGACGAGGAAGCUCAACCCUCAGAGUUUCAUCUCAACCAGACCGAGAACAGCAGGGACUCUGUGGGACCAGAUCCAGAUCACUAUUUUGAAUCCGAGCCAGAAGAUAAAACUUCAAAUGAUGUCAGUGAUAGAAACUGGGGGAGCAGUGAACCACAGUCAGAUUUACAUGAUGUCGAAAUGAAUCAAAUGACUGCUGGUGACAGAACGUGUGACAGCGGUAGAAAAACUUACAAGUGCCUUGAAUGUAGUAAAGUGUUCACCAGCAGAUCGAACCUGUUAAGACACAACCAAAUCCACACAGGAGAAAGACCUUUCAGCUGCUCCGUCUGUAAGGCGACUUUCAAAUGGAAACAAAAUUUUGUACAACACUCAAGAACCCACAGCGGAGAACGACCUUUCAGCUGUUCCGUCUGUAACGCAGCUUUCAAAUUUAAACAGCAUCUUGUACGACACGAAAGCACCCACACGGGCGAGAAGCCUUUCAGCUGUUCCAUCUGCGAAGCGACUUUCAACUGGAAACCAAAUUUUUUGCGACACGUAAAAACCCACACGGAAGAAAGGCCCUUCAGCUGCUCCAUCUGUAAGGCAGCUUUCAAGUCCAAGCAGAAUCUCGUGCAACACGCAAAAACCCACACCGGAGAGAAGUCUGUGAGCUGUUCCAUCUGUAAGACAACUUUCAAAUCUAAAGGACAUCUUCAGCAACACUUGAGAACCCACACAGGAGAAAAACCGUUCAACUGCUCUGUCUGCAAGGCAGCGUUUGGAAGGAAGCGGGACUUUGUGGAGCACACAAAAAUCCACGCAGAUGUUCAGCAGCUGUUGAUGACGAAACAGAAGCUUCUUCCUGAGCAGCAGAACUGGAGUUCCAGACUGGAUCAGAACGAACAAAAGGCCACACGUAUUAAAGAGGAACAAGAGGAGGCCGAUAUUAUAGAGUUUAUAUUUAGCCCUGGUCCUGUGAAGUUUGAAGAUGAUUAGAAGAGAUUUCAGCCCUCGGAGCUUCAUCCCAGCAAAACUGAAAGGAACAGACCGCAGAACUAGAUCAAUAUUUAAAUUCAUAUCCUAAAAACAAAACUUCAGAUUGUUUUAAGAAUGUAUGUCAGGUAAAGUUUCUGUAGGUGAUGCAAGGUAGAGCAGUAAGAAGCCUCACCGCUGCACUGAAUGUGAUCAAACAUUAAACGACAGGACACAAGUGUUUGUAAAUCAGUCUUUUAAACUAAACAUUAACUGCUGCCCAUGAAAUCUCACCAGAGAGGAACCCUGUGUGCAACAAGAAAGUUGCUCGGCUGUCAGCAGCCAGAACACGAGUGGUUCGAUCAGGCAGACCCAAGAUAUUAGGAUGAAAAUACAAUUAUUUUUUUUAUUAGUAGUAACGGAGGCAAAAAGCACACGAGGUGUAAAACUUUCCCAUGUCUGAUUUUAGGAUGUUAUGGGUCAGAUUUGAACUAAAUUCACUGGAGAUUAAAAAAUAAACUGCAUUUUUGGAUGUAGUUUAUAUGAAAUCUUGGUUAAUUCUGCUUUUAUCUUUUGUUGUUGUUGUCUUUCCUGUAAACUUUUUGAUUUA